AUGGCAUCUGGCACUCGUAUAGCACGUGCUUUGGAAGAAAUUCAACAAGAAGUUCCCGAAGGUUUGUCUAAUAUUGAAGUUGAAGAUCCAUCAAAUAUGCGUGUUUGGAAAGCAUUAUUUCAUGGACCAAAAGAUACACCGUAUGAAGGCGGAAGAUUCAAAUUAUUAAUUGAAUUUCCCGAUGAUUAUCCACUCAAACCACCUAAAGUUCGAUUUGAUCCUCCACUCUAUCAUCCAAAUGUCUACCCCGAUGGAAGUGUUAAUCUAAGCCCUCACGAAUCGUCACCAUGGUCCCCACAAACUGCACUCGGUCCUGUUCUAUCAUCAAUUUCUCCAUUAAUUGCAGAUCCAAAUACGGAUGAUAAACCAGGAAAUACAGAUAUAGCUAAUUUGUAUAAAACAAACAAAGAAGAAUUUAAUCAGAAAGCUAGAGAAUGGACAAAGCAAUAUGUACUUCCGAAAUGA